GCACCGUGCUGUCCGCAGGGUGAUGAUGCUGCGGCUGCGCCCUGGCCUGCCAGGGGCGCCCUGCCAUGUAUCUGUCUUUCCCUGCCGGAAGUGGGACGGCCCUGAGCGCCCCGCCCCACCGCCCAGGUUUCGAUUUCCCUGCCGGCCCCUCUCUGCGCGGCGUCCCCCAAACUUGGGGGUGAAUGGCGGGCGCGGCGGCGCCAAGUGGGACGCCUGGGGGGCUGGGCCCAGCGGAGCCCGAAGACGCGCGCGGCUGGCGCAGCCCGGAGCACGGCGACCGCGUGGCUGAGCUCUUCGGUCGCCGCUGCCGCCGCUGCGUGUGCGCGCUUUGCCGGGUGCUGGGCUCGCACCGCGGCCACCCGGUUGGUCUGGCGCUGGAGGAGGCGGCGCGCGUGCAGAAACUCACCCAAGAAUGUUUAAAGAAUUUGACAACCAAGAAGCGGCAGCAAGUUGGCAACAUAACCCAACAAGAUGCUGCUGAGAAGCUCAAGGCUCAUGCAGAGUCAAGUAAAACCUGGCUGACAAGGAAAUUUACUGAACUCAGAUUACUACUUGAUGAAGAGGAAGCUCUGACCAAGAAAUUCAUUGAGAAAAACACGCAGCUUGCCCUGCAGGCGUACAGGGAGCAAAUCGAGUCUUGUGGGGAGCAAAUCGAUGUCAUGAACAAUCUCUCCAACAGGGUCUGGAAUAUCAGCCAGGAACCCAGUCCUGUACAGCUGCUGCAAGCGUGCACGGCCGCUGAGCAGCAGAUGCAGCAGCAGAUGAGCCUGGGGGAGUCGUGCCACCCCGUGCCCCACUCCUUUGAGCCCGUCAAGAGCUUCUUUAAGGGCCUUGUGGAAGCCAUGCAGAGCCCGCUACAGACGCCACUGGACGUCCGCCUUAAGGCGAACGAGAACUGCCAGCUCUCGGGCUCCUCCAGCGCCCAGCCGGGUUCCCUGUUGAAAACAAGCCCCUCACCAGAGCGAUCACUCUUCUUAAAACACGCGCGCACGCCCACGCUGGAGCCAGACGCGCUACACGCGCGCCUGCGCCUCUCGGCAGACCGCCCGAAGGUGCGUUGCGGCCACCUCGGCGGGCUGGGGCUCAAGGCCGCGCUGCAUUUCGACGCGCUGUGGCAGGUGCUGGGCCGCGACUGCUUCGACGCCGGCAGCCACUACUGGGAAGUGGACGUGCAGGAGGCGGGCGUCGGCUGGUGGGUGGGCGCGGCCUACGGCUCCCUGCGGCGCCGCGGGGCCUCGGCCGCCGCCCGCUUGGGCUGCAACCGCCAGUCCUGGUCCCUCGAACUAUAUGACCUCGAGUACUGGGCCUUCCACGACGGCCAGCGCAGCCGUCUGCGGCCCCGCGACGACCCCGACCGGCUCGGGGUUUUCCUGGACUAAGAGGUCGGCGUCUUCACCUUUUACGACGUGACGGGCGGCAUGACCCACCAGCACACCUUCCGUGCCGCCUUCCAGGAGCUGCUCUACCCGGCCCUGCGGCUCUGGGAAGGGGCCAUCAGCAUCUCCCGACUGCCCUAGGGGCCGACACCUGAGUGGCCGCCCUAGGCUCUCCGCGGCUCUGGUCUCACCCGAUCCAGACGAUCCAGACGUGGCUGGUCUUCUGCCGCCUCUUUCGUCUUUGCCAGGGAGAAGGGGACAGUGAUGAUAGCCUGGUGGAGACACAGCCUAGCAGAGGGCACACAGAGGUGGCCCAGCGCAGCCAGGGCAUGGUGGGCAGGAGUCCAUACCAUGAGGAGAGGACAGGCUGCCCAAGAAGCCAAGCUGCAUACGAGGUGGGACGGGAGAAGUGAAAGGGAGUAAACAGCAGCCAGAAAUGGAUGCUGUCACACUCCAGCUCCUAGCACGUCAAUUUUAUGGAUUCUCUGACCAGGACCUUCUUGCCCACCAGAUUGAAGAUGUCUUCAGGAGGGUAGCCUUUGGGCUCACCCACCUUCACAGUGAGCAUGUCCAGUGUUAGAAUGGUGCCUUCCGGAAUUUUCACUUUGGCCACCACAGACUUGC